AUGAGGUUCACCACAUUUAUACCUGUUGCUGUUCUCGGAUUGGCAGCCAGUGCUCAAGCAUCUGCUGCUGGGACCGAAUUUGACUUAGAGGAGCAAGUUUCACACAACAUCAAAAUGGUGAAGAGAGCUGGUUCAGCCAUUGAUGAAUCUACUAUUGAAAGCUUGUUGCUUUAUGCUAACAAGACCAAUUUGAUUGUGGAUGCUGCUGAAGCCUUCUUGGAUAAUUCCACUAAUGUUGUUUUGCUUUCUCAAGUGAUUGUCAACGCCUUAAAUGGUACAUACAAUAAUCUUAUUCUGACCUUUGCUGGUUCUGGAAGCUUAAACAUUAGUAGUAUUCUCCAUGUUGUCGAAGCCUCUGGACUCAUUCAAACCACUUCUGGUACUUUACUCAUCAAAGACUACAACCGUAACCGUACUGCGGACAUGUUGGGGCAAUUGUUGGUUGACCAAAUUUGGAUUCCCAAACUACUUAAAGGUUUAGGUGAUGGUCAUGAUUUAACCUUUGACUAUAUUUUCAAAUUAGUCAAUGAGUCCAAAGCUUCUACCACCAAUGGGAACAGCAAACAAACUGUCUUGGGCAAAAGAGAAGACACUUCACAAUAUGCCGGGUCUGCAAACACGUUUUUCUACAACUUGGUAUCUCAACUCACUUCAUCUGAAUUAUUCCUGGCUUCUGUAUCUGAUAUCUUGAAAGCCUUGAACAAUACUAAUGUCGCGCCCUAUAUUAUUAUGGAUGUCUUAAACAGUACCACUAUUUUAUCUGGUGUUGGACAAAUUUUAACUAACGUUUAUGAUACAGGAGCAUUGAAGAACAUUGAUCUUAACUCUUACUUUGUUGAGGCCAAGAAGAGCAACAUGUUAUCUGAUCUGUUGCAGAAAAUUUUAACUGAUCCUGUCUACUCGCCUUAUUUGGGCAAGCUCUUCCAAAGAAUGGAAUUGGAGGGUUACUACAGACAAAUCCAACACAAGAUGUACCCUCAAUCUUAG